UUUCUGUUCCCUGGGGCCACAGUGUUUUCAACGGGACUCAACUUGCUUCUUACUGGAGUCGCUAUGGCCGCUUGAUCCAAAUACCCUUCUUUAGUUAUCAGUUUGUUCGAAACAUUUGCACAAACAUUUCAAGAUAAACUUUCGUCUUUUGUAAAGUUUUUUUAUGUCAAGAAAUAAGGAUGCAACCCCCACCGAGAAAGGUCCGGGUCACCCAGGAGCUGAAACAGUCUCAUGCAGAGCAAAUGAGCAGAUUACACAUCAAACACCAGACAGAGUGUGACCUCCUGGAAGACCUGAGGACUUUUAGCCAAAAGAGGGCAGCUGUAGAGAGAGACUACGCCCAGGCCCUCCAGAAGUUGGCAAAUCAGUAUCUAAAGAGGGAAUGGCCCGAGAGUCUGACCGAAGAACAAGCAGACCACAGGAACAUGUAUUGUGUAUGGAGGGCCUAUCUGGAGGGCACGGUCCAGGUCACCCAGUCUAGAAUCAGCGCCUGUGAAAACUACAAAGUCCAGGUUGCCGAUCCAGCCAAGACGUUCAGGCUGCAGAAGGAACAGCAGCUGAGGAAGUGUAUUGAUCAGCUGACAGUGGUUCAAGCUGAGCUGCAGGAGUCGGUGAAGGAGCUGACCAAGAGCAGGAAGAAGUACCAGGAUGCUGAGACGAUGGCACAGGCUGUCCGAGAGAAGGCAGAGCUGGACGCCAAGUCUAAGCUAAGUCUCUUCCAGUCCAGAUCGAGUCUUCAGAGGGCAAGCGUAAAGCUGAAAGCCAAGAGGAGCGAAUGCAACUCCAAAGCCACACAUGCCAGAAAUGACUACCUUCUCACUCUAGCAGCCGCUAAUGCUCACCAGCACCGAUACUAUGAUACAGACCUCAUGGAUUGCAUCAAGGUCUUAGAUGGCAAAAUCUACGAGCAGGUAAAAGAUUACCUGGUCUCACUAUGUCAGACUGAGCUAGAGAGUUACCAGGCUGUCCACAACACCUUCAACCAUCUCUUGAACAGCUCAAAUGGGAUACUGCAGGAGUUUCACCAACAGCUGUUUGUACAGAAGAAUCUCAACUUUCAACAAGCCCCGGACUUCGUGUACCAGCCCAUCGACGCAGAUACGGUAAUGCAGCUGCUGAAAGAAAGCGGAACGACGGAGGAGCACGGCCUGGAUAAAGAGGCGAGGAAAUGGGCAAGCCGCGUUGCCCGAGAAUACAAGAGCAUCAUCCACGCUCAGAGGGCCCUGGAGGAAUAUGGGACACAGGAAUCAUCAGAACAAAACAACAGUGAGCUGGAGACCAAGAUGGAGGUGGCCAGGCAGAGUCUUCGGAGGGCAGAGACGGUGAAGCUGAAAGCCGAGGCCCGUCUGGACUUACUGAGGCAGGCGGGUGUUGCUGUUGAAACGUGGCUGAAGAGCGCCAUGAACCAGGUGAUGGAGGAGCUGGAGAACGAGCGCUGGAACAACCUCAGUACCCACGAUCCUUCACUCUCUGGAACAGCAGAUUUGGAGCGAGAGGAUGAAGAGGAGAUAGAGGACAGUGGUGAAGUGUUAGACGACAGCAGCUCCAGCCCCUCCAGCACCUUGAAAAACUAUCCCCUCACCUGCAAAGUACUCUACUCCUACAAGGCGUCUCAGCCCGAUGAACUGACCAUUGAGGAGCAGGAAAUCUUGGAGGUCAUUGAUGAUGGCGACAUGGAGGACUGGGUCAAGGCCAGAAACCGCAGUGGACAGGUAGGCUACGUCCCAGAAAAAUACUUGCAGCUGCCUUCCUCUAACAGCCUACUGAGCAUGCUGCAGGCUCUGGCCGCUCUGGAUGCCCGAUCCCAUUCCUCCAGUAACUCCACUGAACCUGAAACCGAACUAGCAACUGGCUCCAUCAACGGAGACUCCAGCGUGUCAUUUGCAAAGGCCCUGUACGACUACGUGGCACAAACAGACGACGAGCUGUCAUUUCCAGAAGGGGCCAUCAUCCGCAUCAUGAGCAGAGAGACCCACGAGGACGAUGGUUUCUGGGAGGGAGAGUUUAACGGCGUCGUUGGCGUCUUUCCUGCGGUUCUGGUGGAGGAUCUCCUCGGUGCCAGCGAGAACGGAGAUGGACAAAGAGAUGGCAGUGCACAGGCAUCCUCCUCCCCUCUGGCCCAGUGCGACCGGUCACCUCGUAGUCCCUUCCAGCCGGGGCCUCUCCAUAGCAGCCCCCUUCAGACGCCCACUACGUGCUCUCCUCAGUCGAGUCCUUGCAGCGCCACAGCCUCUCCCAUUGGUCGACCACCCUCCUAUCAUAAUGGACAUCACAGGCCGCCACCAGCGCCGCACAAAAGCCCCUUUCAGAGUCCAGUCCAAGGCUCCACUCAACCUCCCAAAUACCCAGAGAGUAGCUCUGGCACCAUUCGACCUGUCCGUGCGGCUCCUCCGCCCCCUAAGCAGCAUCCUCGUGGGCAGGUGAAGCGAAGGGAGGAGGUGGAGAUCACGCUGGUGUGAAGGCAGCACCCUGGUGGUGACGGCGGCAACGUCUGCUCUGUUCAAACCAGCUGGGACUUGGCGGCUCUGUGCCUCUAAACGCGCUCCCUAAAGGAAACCUGAGGAAACUUAAACCCCCCUGAAGACGCCUGGAGGCCAAGAGAGGCCCUACACUCUAUCCUCUUUGUCUUUUCACACGACACCUCAUAGGAUUAGUGUGCUGUGGAGGAAUACUGUGCCUUUCUCUUAUCUAUGCUUCUUUUAUUUCCUGUUUAGUUGUUUCAUUUCUCACACUCCCUUACCCAUUGUCGGUCUCCUUUUUGACCAAUAAAUAUUAUAACUUUUAUUCAAAGUUAAACAUCCUCUAAUCCAUAUUGGACAUGAAUCAUUUUCAGUCCUGACAAAAUAUUUUGAGAAUAUUCAGAAUAUCUGCUGUUAAAAUCUUCAAGUGUCAGACCUGGUAUUGGUAUUCAAAACACGCACUACUCAAAUCCUGUUUCUGUUCUUUGCUCAUAGUGAUUCAUAUUGUAAUAACUGUCAGAUAAUGAGGCCUGUUGUCCUGUGCAGGCCCUAAAAAUACAGUAAAACCUGUUAUUGUAAGAAAUUGAUAGAAAAAGUAACAUCACAUUAUUCGCUUGUGGGGGCGAAAUAAAUCCGCACAAAUUUUAAGUGUCAAGUUCGACUACAAAAACACACCAGUCCGUGUGUGAGUUGCACCAUCGACGUCUAUUUAACCUCCUCUGUUGGAGUUAAAACUGCUGAGCGUGGUGAUGAUAAAAAUAAUAAUAAUGAUAAAAUCUUCUUAUCAAACACAAGAAAAUUAAUAAGCAUAUUUCUGAAAUGUUUAAGUAUUCUUUGAACUAACCGCUUAAAACUACUUUGAUUGGACAAAGAUGAAUGCAACACUCUGCCGUACGUAUAUCGAAAAUAUCACUAUUAAUAUAUUAUUAAUAAUGGUUUCACCAUGUCACCCGGUUAUGUAUUACUUUGUCACUUACACUCUUACUCUUAUUUUGACAAUGUUGAUCUGUUGAGAGCUUUCACAAUUGGAUUACUUCUAUGCAACAAAGUUACACUCGGCAGGACAUCACAGCGUGUUGUGAACAUGCAUCUUCAACACAAACCAAAUGUCUGGUCGUCUCAACGCUCGAUCAAAACGCCAGCAUGGACGAGGCUGGUCCUCUCCUCGAACACACGUAACUGUACGCGGUUACAUUAACAAGGGGAAAGUGGCAAUUUUAGUUGAUUGAUUGUUAUGUCAGUAGGGGGAAUCUCCUUAAAAAGUUGUCUGAUUUAAAAACAUAUUGGAUCCUUUACCUUUUUUUUUGAUUCAUUAAAAACAAAAUAAAUAAAACGUUAUGUUAGUUUUCUUUGCACCAAACGCUAAAAAAAAUCCUAAAGGGAGAAAUGUAGUGCUUACAUACUUAUAGUCUAACUUUUGUUUCUUUCUUGUGUAAAAUUAAGAUCUACAAAUGUUGUUAUGACACUAAUGUAGCCUGUGAAGGUUGCUGGUGAGGAGCAGCGGUUUGUUGAGGUUGCAGUUGGUGACCGUUUACACUGAGUUAUGUGCAGUUUAAACAUUCCUUUAUUUUUUUGAGGAGGAAACCAUCCUGAGCUGCUAGCUGUCCAUUUAAAAAAAAAAAAGAAAGAAAAAAAAGAUCUAUACUGUCAUAGUGAAGCACUUUUUGAUGUCUUCUUAUUCCUUUUCAGUAUUGUGGAUGCUAUUUUUGUUUGUUGAAUAUUUCUUGUUUGACGUUUUGUUUACCAGAUAUAUUGGUAUAAAUACUUUUCUUUUAUUGGCUCUUGCGUUAUUUAGCCUUUAAGUAGCCAUUGUAGUGUCUUUGAGAUUGAGUUAUGACCUUAUGAGCGUAUUGUUUUUGAAAUACCAAUAGUUUACAGAGAGCUUGGAGAUGGAUAUCUGUACAAAUAAUAGCACAGCUUGGUUUUUUUUGUUUUGUUUUUAGGAUUAGGAUUUGUUUUAAAACUAUUAAACAUUAGUUUAAUUCGAUCAGAGGAAAAGAGAUAUCUGUCAGCCGUGUUGCUGUGUUCUCGUUGAUCUCCUUGAGAUCUGAAUGACAUGAAACUUAUUUUUGAAGUUUGCAUUUACCCUGUUGUAUUGAAGAAAGAAGAAAAAAAAAAAAGAGAGUCAUCAGACUGAAGUCUCCUUUCCAAAUAGAGAAGUUGUUGUUAACUUGCUACUGGUCUUGAUUCGAAGUUAAGUCUGAAUCUGAAAAUCGGUGACAAACUUGCCCACAUUUUACAAUGUUAGCUCUGCAGAGGCUGCGGAGCGUCAUAUUUACACACCAGUGGAUGUUUAACUGUAUUUAUUGUGUACAAAUAAAUGUGAAAUAAAGAUAGC